AUGAGCAAAGCUCACCCCCUACUCUGUCUCAAAAAAAUAAAAAAUAAAAAAAAAUUAAAUGAUGGCAGAUGUGUCCAAGGAAUAUUUUGGGGAUUUGAUCCCUUUAUGAAUCUUGUGAUAGAUGAAAGCGUGAAGAUGGCAACUAGUGGACAACAGAGCAGUCCUGGAACAGUGGUAAGAUGA